AUAUCUUGCUGUGUUGCCCAGACUGGAGUGCAGUGGCAAGAUCAUGGCUCACUGCAGCUUCUAACUCCUGGGCUCAAGUGAUCUUCCUGUCACAUGAGUCUCCCAAGUAGUUGGAACACAGGUGCCAGCCACCACACCUGGCUAAUUUGGUUUGGUUUGGUUUUUUUAGAGAUGGGCUCUUGCUAUGUUGCCUAUUCUGGUCUUGAACUGCUGGCCUCAGGCAAUCUGCCUCCCUUGGCCACCCAAAGUGCUGGGAUUACAAGCAUGAGCCACUGUGCACAGCUGAAAUUUUUGACUUAGUCUUUUUGUACAUGUGAUAUUUUAUUCAUAGAAUCCAUAAAUGGAAGGGAAAUUUCUGAGUUCAGAGCAAUACAUAUGAUACAAAACUUGAUAUAUAGACUAGAGUUUCUUAGCCGAACUGGAGGGGCUGGCUUAGGUAAUCCAUGGAUUCCCUGAAAUUGGGGACACCACUGGAAAUAUGUGUGAGCUCAGGGGCAGUUUCCUAUGAUUUUUAGGCCUCAAAAUGUCUCUUGGACUCAAAAUUGCCUUAGGGCAGAGGACGUGUGUACCCCCAGUAUAGAAUCUCGGACAGUGAAUGUGAGUAAACAUUCGGCAGAAAAGCUCUGCCAAACUGAGUGCUCUCAUGUGACUUUUUCAUCAAGUCAGUAUUCCUGGGAUCUCUUGUACAUGAUAAUCUCACUCUUGUACAUGAUAAUCUCACUCUUAUAAGGUUUCAUCGUUUCUGCUUACUCUAGUUUUCUUUCCCACUCUGUUCCCUCUCCCACCAGACUGGACUCUGAAAUGGGCAUGUACAGAGAUGAAGAGACCCCAACAUGCUUCAGGCUUUGAGUGGAGAGGACACAGCCUCUGCUGGGACAGGGAACAGAGGGAUGUGGAGUCCCUGAAGAUGCUUUUGGACAAUGGUCUGAGGUUGGGACAGUGGCAGGAGAUACCAUUCACCCAGGAUCUCCAGGACAAGAGAUCAGAAUGGCAGUUACAUGUGUUUUUUUUCAAACUGGUUGCCAGGUUGGCAUGAGCCAUGACAUCAGAGAUUCCGACCUUCCUGAUUGGAGGGACCGGACUCCCUGGUGCCUGGAGAUCAGUUGGACAACAGUAUCUUCUCAGAGCUGUUCUCCACUCCUGACUUCUCCUAGGCUUGAGAAUUGAUAACAUCCUCUUCUGGAUCCUAACAGUGUCCAGAAGAAGGCCAUGGACAGAACGGAGACUAGGUUCCAUAAGAGGGGACAGAUUACGGGAAAGAUCACGACCAGCCGUCAACUGCACUCCCAGAAUGAGCAGAGUCCCCAGCGGAGCACCUCGGGGUACCCCCUCCAGGAGGUGGUGGAUGAUGAAGUGUUGGGACCAUCAGCCCCUGGGGUAGAUCCCAGCCCCCCAUGUAGGUCCCUUGGCUGGAAAAGGAAGAAGGAGUGGUCAGAUGAAUCUGAGGAGGAGCCGGAGAAGGAGCUCACCCCUGAGCCUGAGGAGACCUGUGGAGUGGAGACGCUGUGUGGGCUCAAGAUGAAGCUGAAGCAACAGCGAGUGUCACCCAUCCUCCCUGAGCACCACAAGGACUUCAACAGUCAGCUUGCCCCUGGGGUAGAUCCCAGCCCCCUGCAUAGGUCCUUUUGCUGGAAAAGGAAGAUGGAGUGGUGGGAUGAAUCUGAGGACUCGUUGGAGGAGGAGCCACGGAAGGUGCUCGCCCCUGAGCCUGAGGAGAUCUGGGUGGCGGAGAUGCUGUGUGGCCUCAAGAUGAAGCUGAAGCGACGGCGAGUGUCGCUCGUGCUCCCUGAGCACCACAAGGCCUUCAACAGGCUGCUUGAGGAUCCUGUCAUUAAAAGAUUCCUGGCCUGGGACAAAGAUCUGAGGGUGUCGGACAAGUAUCUCCUGGCUAUGGUCAUAGCGUAUUUCAGCCGGGCCGGCUUCCCCUCCUGGCUAUACCAACGCAUUCAUUUCUUCCUGGCUCUCUACCUGGCCAAUGACAUGGAGGAGGACGACGAGGACUCCAAACAAAACAUCUUCCACUUCCUGUAUGGGAAGAACCGCUCUCGCAUACCCUUGCUCCGUAAGCGUCGGUUCCAGUUAGGCCGUUCCAUGAACCCGAGGGCCAGGAAGAACCGCUCUCGCAUACCCUUGCUCCGUAAGCGUCGGUUCCAGUUACGCCGUUGCAUGAACCCGAGGGCCAGGAAGAGCCGCUCUCAGAUAGUCCUGUUCCAGAAACGUCGGUUCCACUUCUUCUGUUCCAUGAGCGGCAGAGCUUGGGUUUCCCCAGAGGAGUUGGAGGAGGUGAGUGGGGCCUGGGGAGGUGGAGGAGGUGGGGAGGAAUUGGGUGGGCUGGAGGCUGGAUGAGGGGAGAGAGGGGUAUCCUGGCGAGUCCCCGUCUUCUCAAAGGGCGUUUGUUUUUCCAGAUCCAGGCUUAUGACCCAGAGCACUGGGUGUGGGCGCGAGAUCGUGCUCGCCUUUCCUAGAGCUCCAGGGACCGUGGAGGCCUGAGGUCAUCGGCCUGAG